GUGCUCCGUGGACAAACAUCGUGUGUUUGCCCCGAGAUAUUAAAAUUACAUUUAACAUUUAAAUGACUAGUGGUUUUCACUGAAUGCUAGUGAUUAUCACUAGUGGUUUUCAAAGGAAUACUUGCUGAGGAAUAUUUCAGUUCUAAAAGUGAGAUCUUGCUAGUGAAAAUUUGAAUAUGCCAGAAGAAUAAAUACUUUGUUGUGUUUAGCGAAAUAAGGAGAAGAGGACGGAUCGAGACGUAGAACACGAAGAGUCCAGGGUAGUAGACACGAGGAAGGUCGUCCCUGAAGAUGGCCUGCCCGAAAAGGCCGGCCACACUGCUCACCGUCUCCCUCGUCUACCUUCUGGUACUCUUCGGUUCCUACUGUCAAAUGGCACCAGCCGUGGUCGGAGCCACCAAAGGCUGGGACGUGGGAAACGGUGUGAAGUACAAGCUAACGACGACCUUGCUCUUCAGCGAGGCUACUCCCACGAAAUCCAGUGGUGACGUUGGUUUCAGAUUGACCGGCGAGCUGGAUGUCACCGCCGUCUGGCAGACACCGGACGAUAGUUUCUUGCUGAAAAUCGAGCUUCUGUCACCGCAACUAUGGAUCAAGUCCCGAAGAGCGCCGGAGCCCGAAGGAUUCGUCGAGCACUCCUCCCGAAUUCAAAAAGUCUCCGAAAAGCCAGCUCUCAUCGUCUGGAAAAACGGCGAGAUCCAAUCGCUCUUCAUGGACGCCUCGGAGAGUGCUUCUUCGGCAAAUCUGAAACGUGGUCUGGUCAGUCUCUUCCAGUACAAGGUGUUCGACGGUGAAGUUCAAGAGCGAGACGCUUCCGGUCUCUGCAACGUGACGUAUCACUCGCUCGGACCUAUGACUGUGGGAAAACGAAAGACGUUCUGCGAGCAUAACAACCUGCCAACCAGGAAACGACAUCCGAAUCCACUUUUCGACGUAAAAGUAGCGAGCCUUCGUAACGCCACUUACGAGCUCACGCAGCAAUUUCGGCCAAAUAUGGUGCGCGAGCAAGAAAGGCAUAAAAUGACGCUUACUGCGAGACCGGAAAUGGGAACCGUAGUCACGUCUGAGAGGACACUCGAAUUACUGCCGGGUGCUGUGAACGCGAAAAAAGUGCAAGCCGAUAACCUGAAGCAAGCGGUUGCCGCAAUACUGCCUGGGUCUAGGGAAAUGAGUGUCGAAUUGCAGUUGGAACCAUUUAGUUGCCCCGAUAAUGGAUGUCCAACGAUUGAAGGCACAAUCGAGGAGUACCGCAGCGCCCUAGAAGCUAGCUCCCUGGGCACCGGCAAAUCCGCUUCAGCGUUCCUGAAGCUGGUACCUCUAGUCAAAUCCGCAACCUCGGAGGAGCUGUUUAAGCUACUAAAAAGCCCUCGAUACCGUCAGCUGAAGUCACAGCUGCUCGACAUAUUCGGUUCAGCAUCGACGCUAGCGAGUCACCAGGCGGCCAUGAAGAUCCUGCGACAGGACGAGACGGGGGACAACACGGAGAGGUACCUCUGGGCCCUGUCGCUGUCCCCGACCCCAGACGCGGAGGUCGCGAAGAACAUCCUGAAGCGAUCAGAAGAAACGAUACCGAACGACAAGGUGUCCGAGACGAUAGCCCUAACUGCAGCAGCGAUGGCCCGUCAUUUGGAGUCACCAGUCGCCACUGAGAAGGCCAGGGCCAGUUUAGAGCUGGGUCUGGACAGCUGCACGGGCGAAGACUGCAAGAUAAAGUUCCUACGAGCUCUGAGGAACCUCCGAAGCAAGGCUGCGAUCCCGACGCUGCUACGAUUCGCCACGAGCGACAAUAGGGGCAUCAGUGUUGCCGCCUGGCGGGCGCUGGCUGCCCUCCCGCCGAGCUCCAUAACGAACGAAGUGAAGAACGCGGCUAAACGGGUGUUCUACCAGAUAGGUGGGCCCAGGAGAGACAGCAGUACUCGAACCCUGGCGCUGGAUAUCAUCUUGGAGACUCAACCACCAAAGGAGGACGUGGAGCAGCUGGUGGAGUACCUGGCGGGUGCGGACCCCGCCUACGAAAUCCGGAAAUACCUCAGCCAGCGGCUGGAACAGCUCUCUGAGAAGGAUCCUCAGCUGGACACGCAUCUGAAGGAGGUCCUGAGGGCAGCGGGCAAGAGGGUGGUUAAUUACAACGUGUUCUCGCAGGCUGGUCUGAGUACCGCUUUCGCCAGAAGCUUCCUGAAGUCGGCCGACAGCAACGGAUCCCUGGUGACUGUCCAGGAGAUCAACUCCGGAUUGCUGAAACGAGGUGUGGUGGACGUGGUCCUGCAGGUGGAGGGACACGAGGAGGCUCUAUUUUCUUUGGGACUCUUUGCUGGAGGUCUGGGAAGCUUCGUGUCCACUAAUAACCAGGAGGACGAGGCCCAAGACGACGAACCCGCUACCGCAGGCAUGGAGAUCGACUUCCUGGGCGUGGGCAUUAGGCCGUUCGUCUUCUUCUCGGGCCAGGGCGAGCUGAUGGGACACGUCUGGUCGGGCACUGCCUCUGAACGGACACCGGCCUUUCAGGCCCUGACUGCGCUCCACAGCCACAACGAGUACGUUCCUCUGGCGUCUGGGAUGCUGGCGGAAGUCGACGUCCAAGGGGCAGUCAGCUUCGACCUGGCUGGACAGAUCCAGCUGAGUCUGUGGUCCAGGAACGCGCAGUCUCUGGUGGAUCUGAAGGCUGGGCUGGUGAUUCAGGGUGGGACCAAGGUGCGGUCGGACUUUGUGCAGAGCAUGGCGGAGUUCUCGAUGACUAUGGAGCCGAAGCUGGAGUUGGCUACCGAUGUGGACUUCUCCGGACCGAUGUCUUUGUGCAUGAGACUGAGUCAGCCUAUGAAUACGGUCAAGUACCAGGUGUACAAGGUGGAGAGAAUAGCGGGAAGCAGGCAUAAGCUGAGGAAAACUAGGAGGAUGAGGCUGCAUAAUCCGGGCAGGUCUUAUUUGUUGAACAGGAAGAACAACGAGAUGUGCUCGAAGGUGUUUAGUUAACUGAUUUAAGUGAAGACUGUGUUAAUGUUCUGGAGAUCUGAAGUGAAGACUGUUGAGGAUAUUUAUGUGUAGUUCGCCAGAUGUGGAAGAGCAUUUUUUGGUGUUGCAAUUGUGAUGGCGUUUUAUACACUGUGUACGUGGUGUGUGAACAGUUUUAAUGAGACAUAGAAUAUUUUUUUAUCGAUGAAGAAUACUCGAAGUCAUUCCAGCUGCAGUGAAACUAAUUUCCUUUUCGGUUUGUUCGAUCAUUUUCUUAUAACGAAAACGCUAUUUUUAUAUGUACGGAAAUAUUCAGGAAUUUGAAAGAAAAUAGGGUGGUUGUACAUAUGUAGUUGAUAAUGGACUUCUUAUAAAUCGAAAGGAAUUGUUUAAGGGUUAAGAAAAGUCUAGUUACUUAUUUUUCUUAUAACUUAUGAAAUUUUAAACAUUUUAUACUCGGAAUAUUUUUACUCGAAUAUUGCUGGCUCACUGAAUAUAUUUUCAAUUAGGGGGAAAUAUUUAUAUUUUCUACAGAUUAUUCAGAUCCGAUUUGUACUCGAGGGACAUUGACAUUUCUACAAAAAAAGAAAAAUUUAUCAAAUAAAU